AUGAGCAGGACUCUUACACAACUGGUGGCCGAGCUGGGCGAGGCGACGCACAACUUCAGCAGCUCGACGAGCUCGGGCGCCGACGCGGCCUUGGCCCUGAACCACGUCUACGAGGCUGCACUGCGCGAGCUGCACCAGCUCCAGCACGAACGACAAAAGUGGGAGCUCGAACGCAAGCAAGCCGCCUUUCGCGACCAAUGCAUUGUCGACGAGCAGGCUCGCAACGUCCACCUCAUUCGUCUCAACGUCGGUGGCGUCUUGUACGUGACCACGCGCGCCACGCUGUGCCGAAAGGGCUCCUACUUCGAGGCCAUGUUCUCCGGGCGCCACGCGCUGACGCAGGUCGACGGUGCCUACUACCUCGACCGUAACGGGCGCGUGUUCGAGGGCGUGCUGGACUUCCUGCGCACGGGCAUCGUGCAGCCGCCGCCCAACGUCACCUUCGAGCAGCUGAUGCACGAGCUCGACUACUUCCUCCUGCUCGACCGCGGAGACAAGGGCGCGAGGGGAGAACACGGCGAGGCCAACGGCGCCAACAGCGGCGUGGUCCUCCGUCGCACGCCCGAGGUGAGCGAGCUCGAGGUCGGUACCACGGUCUGGGUCAAGGCGCAGCAGGAGACCCUCUACAACUACCCGCGCGGUGCGCGAAGUCACUUUGGCGGCAAGGCGACCGUGAGCGACCUCUUCUUCGCCGGCAACAGCAUGCAGCAGAUCGGCGUCACCUUCAAGGACGGCUUCACCUACUACUUCUGCUGCCGCGACAUCGAGAUGGAAGACCACACCCUCGAACUCGAACACCUCGCGCUCUGA